AUGGUUUACCACAUGGAUAACUAUGACGCGGGCCAAAAGAAAGCGUAUGUCAUAUCUGCUACGACUACAGGCUUGGUCUUCUCAACGGUGACAUAUGGCAUGCGGCUGCAGUCAAGGCGACUUGUUACUAAGCGUCUCUAUCAUGAAGACUGGUGGAUGCUUGCUGGAUUGCUGUGCAGCUACGGAAUUGCUGCCAUGACAUUCUGGGGCUUCGACUUCGGACUGGGGGAACAUGAGGCAACUAUACUUGCUAGGCCGGAUGCGAAUGAAAUAAUCAAAGGAGCUCUGCUGAGCGUCUGGAUUAUCCAGCGGCUCUAUCCCCCGGCUCACCUACUCAUCAAAACCUCCAUCAUUAUUUUUUACGUACGCAUCUUUCGAACACGAUGCUUUCGACGUGUAGCAUGGGCUGUAUGGGUAUAUACCUUCCUAUGGUCGAUCCAAGCGCAGGUAGCAUCCCUCCUAGAGUGCCAACCACCGGCAUACUUCUAUGACAGAAAUAUAGAGGGUGGAUCCUGCGUUCCUGACCCUUUGAUCAACAUCAGCCUCACGGAAAGCGUGCUCAAUACACUCGGAGACCUGGCCAUAUUCAUCAUGCCGAUGCCGAUGUUGAAACACCUGCACGUCAAUGAGCGGAAGAGGGCCGCGCUCUACGCAAUCUUUGCCGUUGGUCUGUUUGUAAAUAUUAUAAGCGUAAUCCGGUGGGUUUCGCUGCUGGGCACUGCGGAAGACAUUACAUCCAGCCUCCCUACUGCCUCGGUAUGGACAUAUCUUGAGGUAUCAAUGGCAAUCACAUGCGGAAAUCUCCCACUUCUCGCUCCUCUUUUCGGUAGUAUCUUCAAGCGGCGGAAUGGGAGCUCGAACAAGAGAUACAAGUACAAUCAACAUCCGAGCUCCAGGUCACAGCCUAAGGUGGCUCGAAACCCAUCCAUUCCAGGCCAACAAUCAGGGAUUAUCUAUCCCGAGGAAUUUGCCCUCAAUAAUCGGAGCGAAGAAGCACUUGCUCAAACAUACGUACACACCAGGCCACGCUCUUCCGACAGCCAACAAAUUUUGGUGAGAGACGAGGUCAUCGUAUCUUACGAGGAGCCUCAGAGAAGUCCUUCUCCCCAGCAGGUUCCAGACCCAGGAUCAAGCCGGCCGCAUAUUUCUACUCCAGCUCCGACAUAUUCCUCGAGAGCUUGGGCUUGA